UAAGUACUGGACAAAUACUACACUAUUUAAGUACUGGAAAUACUACACUAUUUAAGUACUGGACAAAUACUACACUAUUUAAGUACUGGACAAAUACUACACUAUUUAAGUACUGGACAAAUACUACACUAUUUAAGUACUGGACAAAUACUACACUAUUUAAGUACUGGACAAAUACUACACUAUAUAAGUACUGGAAUAAUACUACACUAUUUAAGUACUGGACAAAUACUACACUAUUUAAGUACUGGACAAAUACUACACUAUAUAAGUACUGGAAUAAUACUACACUAUUUAAGUACUGGACAAAUACUACACUAUUUAAGUACUGGACAAAUACUACACUAUUUAAGUACUGGACAAAUACUACACUAUUUAAGUACUGGACAAAUACUACACUAUUUAAGUACUGGACAAAUACUACACUAUUUAA